AUGGAUAAGCCUUUCGCUUGGAGGAUGCUACCUCCGGAGCAGCGCAAGUAUCAACUAUUCCCGAAAGACAAACCGGCUCCGACCUUGAAUAUCAGCAAGUCUUUGGAUCCGGAGGAGGCAUUCCCGGUGCCAAUGGGUGAAAGAAGCGACAAAGCACCUGCGGGUUCAGCCUUGCGGCUUCGGCUCAACGAGAGUAAUUCUGUCAGGCGACGUAAAGUCAGUGUGCCCGAGGUAGAGCCCAUGACUACCGUCCAAGAAAUCGCAAUGGACUCUCCCACGAUACCUGGGCGACCACCUUUACACGAGCGUUCUUCGAGUGCCCCAGAGGAGGCGUGCGGCGAGAGACAGCGAGCACCACUGUGCACCACAGAUGCAUCUCUGCCCGUUGAGGACAGCCCCUCCAAAUCUGAUAAUGAAGGCCUCCCACCGCUUGGAACACAAACUCUCUUGUCCCAAUCUCUCCCCCGGCGGUUGGCGCCGCUAUUUACUCCCACCAUCGAGCUGGUGGCGCCUCUCUUGCGAUCCAAAGUCUCGAGCAAUAAACUAAAGUCGGAUAGCACACCUCCAACAUCUUCUCGAAGUGCUCCCUUGGACCGCUCUCCCCUUGGCCAACCGCGUUCUUCUCCGAGCAUAUCUACCCCCGACCUGUCGCACCCGAAAUCUGCCACGAGUGACAGCUCAUCUACUGUUACGCUUCCCACACCGAAAUCUGUUCCUAUCAUGGAGUCCCACCGCACCCCCUCGAAGCCUUGGGACGGAUUAAGUACUUUCUCAUCUCAAAGUGACCGAAGCGUGUAUGGCCAGGAUGGACAAAGAAAAUUUGACGUUCAUCAACAUCGCCGCAGAGGUUCAGAGUCUUCAAUGACGACGAUGAUAGAUCGGGAUAGGCCGAGAAAGCAGGCCGAGGUUCGCGGCAAUAACGGGCCGCCGCUCAAGUCCAACCACGCGAGCAGGGCAUUGACCUGCGAAAGACGAGCCUUCGAGGAGCUGCCCCAGGGGUGGAAGCCUUCGGAUGCUGUCAACAAACUCAGUUUUAACGAUGUUGUCGCUCUUCAGAAGCAGGCACUGAGGCAAGUCGAAAGAUUCAAAGUUCUCCACGUGGAAGAUGUCGAUGCGCUGUCAAAGGAACUUCGAUAUCUCGACGAUAGGACCGAUUAUCUGCGGCGAACAUACACUUCACUACGUGCCGGACGUCGCAACCUUCACUCACGCAUCUGUCAGUACCUGCGGUCUCCGAGAGUGGCCAAUUUCAGCCAUGACUCCAUGCUCAAACACGAGGAGGCGCUAGCAGAAUUGGACGGCUCCAUUGACGACUGGGUCAUAAAGUUGGAACAGGCGGAAAAUCGCCGCACAAGAGUUCGCCAGAAGCUACUGGAGCAUGUUGCAGCCGCAGCCCUGCUUCCCGUUGCGAACUCGCCUUCAGAAUCAGCAGCCCAGCAGGGGGAAUCUGCCGGUGGCCCACGUGAGCUAUCUACGCCGCCCAGAAGCCCAUCAAAAGCAAGCUUCGCCAGCCGAGCGGGCAGUUCUCCGCCGUCCCCCCAAAGGGCGGUUGCUCAAGCACCAAGCACAACAGUCGAGCAACCUGUUGUUGAAGAUGCUACCAAGAAUUCGUGUGACAUCAGCUGCGCCGAAAGCGCAGACACGUUGAGGCGGUCUGAUGUCGAGAGUAUCCGCAUAUAUGCCGGCGAUGAUAUCUACGCACUUCUUGCCGACGUUCAGGAAGAAAUCACCAAGCUGGGUGCGGGCACAUUCGAGGCCACAAGUCCUGGUACUAUUCAGAUGCGGAGAAAAGGAAGCUGUGAGCAACUGCCCGGCUGUGUCGACUCCCCUAAUCCCGACCUUCCUGCUGGAGUUGCAUCUGCCACGGCAGCAAGUCUCGCACCGAACGCCGCCAACAUGCCGCCUGCUGGGGCAUCGACCCCUUUCUCUUUAAUCCAGCCAAUACCACUGGGCAAUCUUCAGUCUUCUGUCGCCGCUCUCAGUGUGGACAGCAAGAAUAACACGCCUAGCCCCACCUCAUUACAGGCCAAAGGCACUGCCGAAGAAGCGGAUACGAUCCUCACUGCCGCUGUUUUCAAGCCUUGA